AUGGGUCCAACUUCAAUUUUCCGAAAAUCUGGUAGAAGGAACAAAAGCUCCAGCAGCUUGAAAUCCACCGGUGGAGCGAUGUAUACCCCGUCAAGAGUAUCUUCGCCUUACCCUUCGUCACAACCGUCACCGAACUUAUCUUCGCCUUACCCUUCGCCACAACCGUCACCGAACUUAUCUUCGCCUUACCCUUCGCCACAACCGUCACCGAACUUAUCGUCGCCUUACCCUUCGCCACAACCGUCACCGAACUUAUUUUCGUCAGAAGUAUCUUCUAUCACUGAUCUGAUAUCCGAUACUCAGAUCGAGGCGGACGACGCAGCCGACAGGGUCAUCAUUGCAAUCGAUUUCGGCACUACGUACAGCGGAGUUGCGUGGGUUCUUACCGCCGCACCUUCCGAAGUACGCGUGGUCAAUGAAUGGCCUGGAUCUAAAGGAAUCACCUACGAGAAGUGUCCAACUCUUCUAAAGUAUGAACCAGAUGGAUCGCUACGAUGGGGCUUUGAGCUGGACAGGACCACCGAGGGCCGAAUCGAGGCGAUAAAGCUACUUUUGGACCCGGACCAGCCCAAGCCCAUAUAUGUUCCUGCCGUGGACACCACAGCCGAGCUCCGUCGAUUGGGAAAAGCUCCUACUGCGGUGGCAGCCGAUUACGUUAGUGCCAUCUUCAAACACUUGACAGCCUUCAUCGAAUCAAAGUAUCCCAAGAACUACUUCCAGAUACUCAAGAAGCAAUACGUCAUGACGGUCCCGGCUGUGUGGUCAGACAAAGCGCAAGACGCGACACUGAGGGUGGCUCGGAAUGCAGGCCUUGCUCCCGUCAAAUUAAUCAAAGAACCAGAAGCCGCUGCGCUCUUCACAUUGCAACAUAUGGGCGACAAAGGCCUGGAGGUUGGCGACGCAUUUGUCAUCUGCGACGCCGGCGGCGGCACUGUGGAUAUGAUAUCCUACGAGAUCGUGAGCUUGAAGCCUUUCAGACUUAAGGAGCUGGUUGCAGCGAAGGGAGGGCUUGCCGGCUCUUUGAUGCUUAACCGACGGUUCGAGGAAUACGUAAAGAGUGUCGUAGGGGACAGAGAUUUCUUGAGCCUUCGUGAGACUAGUGCUUUUGCUCGAGCGAUGAAGCAAUUCGACGAGAAUAUAAAGCCGGGAUUCUAUACCUCCGACGACGAUGAGCAAUUUGUGAACUUCCCGAAAGCUUCACUCAAAGACCGGCCCGAGAGAGGGCUAUCAAAAGAUACAAUCACAGUGAAGAGGAGCACCCUCCAAGAGAUUUUCGACCCGAUUAUCGAAGAUGUCGACAGGCUUGUAAACCAUCAGAUUACGCAAGCUCGCUUAAAAAGAUUGCAGGAACAACAUCCUAAAGGCCAAGAAAUCACGGCGAUUUUCCUUGUAGGGGGGUUCGGCGCGAGUGCAUACCUCAAAGCGAAAAUAAUGGCAAAAUACCCCGAUGUCCGUGUCAUUCAGCCCCCUGAUGCCUGGUCAGCUAUCGUUCGCGGCGCAGCCAUAUACAAUAUACCAUCCGAAGCAUCCGUCGUCUCCAACAUCGCACCCAAGCACUAUGGCGUGACAGCCAUAUGUUACCCCGUCGACCCUGUCAAGGACGCAGGCGAGAAGCCACUCUUCAGUAAAUGGAGAGGACAGUUCGGUGUACGAAGAAUGACGUGGUAUAUUGAGCAGGGUGAUGAUCUUAUGCGUGCUCGUCCCAUCGAAUUCGAUUUCUUCCGUGAGUAUGAUGAGAACCCUUCGCAUAGCGAUUUGCAAGUCACUUCGGUACUGCUGGAGUGCGAAAGCGCAAAGGCGCCAUUACACCCAAGGGACGAACUCUUGAAGACCAAUUGUACGCUCAAGACGGACUUGUCUAUUCUGCCAAAGGAGUUCUUUGAGAAGAAGUCGAGACGCGAUGCAGAUGGUAAGAUGAUCAAAUGGUGGGAGCUGCAUUACAAAUUGGUGGUGACGAUUCAGAGCGGGCCAAUGCUGUUUAGCAACCACUGUCGCGGCAAGCAGUAUGGAGCUGUCACGGCUAAGUACUGA